AUGAAGGCACAAGCAAGCAAACAGGCGGCCAACAAGGAAACGGCGCCCGAGAGUGAAGAACAAAAGUUUAAACAAAAAUGUAAAGAAUUAAAGAAAAGAAUAACAGAAGUAGAAGAGAGUAACGAGGUUGCUACUCUUGCCCUUUCUAGAACUAAAAUGGCCAUACGUAGAUUGCGUCUUGAAUAUGCAGUUUUAUUGGAAAGGCUUGAGCAUCGUGCAAUAAUGAUACCAGAUGGAAAUUAUGAACAAGAGGAUAUGUCCCCUCCUCCUUCUCCUACAAUUUUAGAUGAAUCAUUAAAUACAUCAAAUGCAAAGUUAACACGUAAUGGGUUGUCAAAAAGAGGUGGUAAAAAAACAAAGGGUGUAUCCAGUACGACCGGAAACAGUGGAAACAAUAAUAGCCGUACUCAACGUAUUAGAGAUCCCGAUUUACCCAAGAGGCCUACAAAUGCAUACUUAAUAUUUUGCGAAAUGGAAAAGGAAAGAAUAAAGCAUGAACUAGAAGAAAGAAAUCCAGGAGCAGUUACCGAGUUAUCUAAAUCUCUAACAGAAGCCUGGAAAAACUUAGAUGACGAGAAGCGCAAACCGUAUUAUAAACUCUAUGAAGAUGAUAGAGAUAGAUAUCAGAGAGAAAUGUCUGUUUAUAAUCAGAAAAAACAGUUUGAAGAAGAACAAAAAGAAACUAAAAAAUCAUAUAAAAGACAAAAGCUUGAUAACGAGGCUUCCAUCGAUGAGCAUGCAAAUUCAGCUAAAGAAGAAGAACACGAUGAUAGUAAGAUUGAAACUUAUUCUAGCAAUAAUUUACUGGCGACUGAUGAACAGAAUAAUAUUCUCUUAGAAGAAAAUGAAGAAGGCUCCGCUCAACCUACAUCUGCUGACAGUAUGCAUAUAGAUCAGGUCGUAAAUGCUAACGAGUCAUUAGUGAAUAAAGAAGAUUAG